GACAUGGUGAAGCAGUUGGGAUAAUUGGACCUUCAGGGACGGGGAAAUCAACUAUAUUGAAGGUUAUGGCUGGGCUGCUUGCUCCGGACAAGGGUGAUGUAAUCAUUUGUGGAAAGAAAAGGCAUGGUAUAGUUAGCGAUGAGGAUAUAGAGGGUCUCCGCAUUGAUUUGGUCUUUCAAAGUGCUGCACUUUUUGAUUCUCUCACAGUUCGUGAAAAUGUUGGAUUCCUUUUAUAUAAAAAUUCAAGCUUACCCGAGGACCGCAUUGGUGAAUUGGUGACAGAAACUUUGGCUGCAGUAGGACUAAAGAUGCUAUAUAAUACUCUAGCUAUUCCAAAUUUUAAGUUGAUCUGA